UUUGACAUUUGUGAAAAGCGCUCUCUACCACAUGUCACCCGUCACAGAUGUCACAUUUGACACCUGUCCGAAAGAUAGGUUAAGUGGCCCCUUUUGCUCCUAAAUUGAAAAUUUAAAUUAAAAAUGAAGUGUCAUUACGAAAUUCUCAACGUUCCACGCGACGCCGACUUGGCGGAAAUUAAAACUGCGUACAGAAAAGCCGCCCUGAAGUGGCACCCAGACAAAAACCUCACCGACACAGAGAAUGCCAAAGAACAGUUCCAGUUGGUGCAACAGGCUUACGACGUGCUCAGUGACCCCCAAGAACGGGCUUGGUACGAUAAACACCGUGAGCAAAUUUUGCGGGGCGCCAAUUCCGAGUUUCAAGACAACAGUCUUGAUGUGUUCCAGUAUUUCACUACUACGUGUUUCAGAAGGUAUGGCGAUGACGAAAAGGGCUUCUACACGGUCUAUCGCAAUGUUUUUGACCAAAUCAUAAAGGAAGAUCUUGAGUUUAUUGACGAUAAAGAGGAGUUUUGUGACAUACCGAGGUUUGGGGAUUCUAAAAGUGACUAUGAUGAAGUUGUUGGCCCGUUUUACUCCUACUGGUCGAGUUAUUGUACUAAGAAAAGCUACGUUUGGCUUGAUCCGUACAACAUCAACGAAACGCGAGAUAGGAGAGUAUUGAAAGCUAUCGAGAAGGAAAAUAAAAAAGUUAGACAGAAAGCUAAGAAAGAAAGGAAUGAAGAAAUUAGAAAUCUUGUUGCUUUUGUGAGGAAAAGGGAUAAACGGGUUCAAGAACACACUAAGCUUAUGGAGGCAAAAAUAUUGGAAAAUCGUCAGAAACAGGAAGAGUUGAGUAAACAAAAACGACUCGAGAGGAAAAAACAGUUGAAUGAAUCAACUCAGGCUGAGUGGUCCAAGUUCGAUAACGUGAGAUCCGAGUUGGAAGAAAUAGAGAAGCAUUUAGCUGAACAAUUUGGUGAAGAAUUUUCAAAUUCUGAAGAGGAAGAAGAUGGGGAAGUUAAGGAAGGAAGUUACUGUGUAGCGUGCAAUAAACUUUUUAAGACUCCUAAAGCUUUAGAAAAUCACGAAUCAAGUAAAAAACACAAGGAAAACGUUGAAAGACUUAGAGAAAUUAUGUUAGAAGAGGAUGAAAAUUGUUUAGAGGAAGAAUUUGAAGAUCUCAGCGAAAAUGAGGAAGACUCGGAAGAUUCUUCAGAGCGGGAGAAGAAAGCAAAAAAGAAAAAUAAAAAGGCCAAAAAUAUCCUUUCGGUUAACAACGACGAAGAAAUUGACGUGACGAAAAUCGACGAAUCUGACGAUAAUUUCGAUUUUGAUUCAAGUAAGAAACAAAAGAAGAAAAAGAAGCAAAAUAAGCGUGCGAAUGAACCGAAAAAUGAAGAAAAUCAAAAUACAGAACCUGUUAGUAAGAGUGUCAAGAAGAAGCAAAGUAAAAAGGAAAAACAAGCUUCCAAUAUUGAAGAAAUAGACACCAAUCACUGUUGUGUUAGCUGUAAAUCCGCUUUCCCAUCAAAAAAUAAACUAUUUGAUCAUUUGAAAAGCACCGGACAUGGAGUUUUUCUACCCAAAAACGUGAAAAAGAAGAAAAACGCGCGAGAAGAUUAGUCUAAUUUAAAUUAUUGUUUUAAUUAAAUUGUGAAAUAAAGCAAUUUAAUGUGA